ACGAUCGCGCUUGCCACUGACCGCGACCUCGAUGCCUGCCAGUGUCCGUAAACUCGAGUACCUCACUCAGGACCAGGUCGACCAGUUCCGCAAGGAUGGGUAUCUGCGUCUGCCAGCCUUCCUCAACCCAGAGGAGACAGAGGCACUGUUGACACGAUCCAAGGAACUCAUCGAGGGCUUCAGUCUUGAGGACCACCCGCUUACCAAGUUCACCACCGGGGAGGACAACCACGUCGGCGAUGACUACUUCCUCACUUCUGGGGACAAGAUCCGCUACUUUCUCGAAGAGGAUGCUGUCACGGAUGGAAAGCUGAACAGGCCCAAGGAGAAGGCGGUGAACAAGAUCGGGCAUGGGCUGCAUGAGCUCGAGCUUGUGUUCCGCAAAGUAACUUUGGAGAACGAUGCGAUGAAGGCCGUUGUCCGUGACCUCCAGUUCCACCAUGACCCCGUGGCCUUGCAAUCAAUGGUGAUCUGCAAGCAGCCUCGCAUCGGCGGCGAAGUCGGGGAGCACAACGACUCCACAUUCUUGUACACCGACCCGCCCUCCGCGCUCGGCUUCUGGAUCGCCCUGGAGAAGUGUACACCCGAGAACGGCGCCCUGUCCUUCCUGCCUGGCUCGCACCUCACUGCGCCGAUAACGAAGCGCUUCGUGCGCAAGCCCGGCGGCGGCACCGGCUUCGAGACCCUCGUCCCUCCGGAGCAGGCUCCCCCGAAGCCGGAAGGGAGGUACGUCCUCGAGGCGUGCAUACCAGGCGAUAUGGUGCUGAUCCACGGUAGCGUGCUGCACAAGUCUGAGAAAAACCUGAGCCCGAACACACGCUACGCGUACACGUUCCACAUGAUCGAGUCUCCUCCGUACGCGCAGUAUGACGAGAAGAACUGGUUGCAACCUACUUCGGAGACGCCGUUCCCGCAUAUCCUCGACAAGCCCAACCCAGAUGUCGUCCUGGUCGGUGCUUAG